AUGAUACCCGAGCAAAUCCCGGGCCGUCGAUACACACACGUCGUCUUCAGGUUCGCCACCAUAGACCCGCGUACGUUCAAGGUCAGUCCCGGAAACGAUGCAAAGGAUGACAUACAACGUGUGUCUGCGGUUAAGUUUUCCCAGGCGGAUAUCAAAGUCUGGGUGGCCUUUGGUGGCUGGGCGUUCAGCGAUGAGGGUCCGACAAGGACAACCUUCAGCGAUCUUGCCGCCUCGGCCGAAAACACGACGACCUUUCUGGAUUCUUUGGUUUCUAUGAUGAGCAGAUACCGUUUUGACGGUGUUGAUAUUGAUUGGGAGUUUCCAACGGCGAGUGACCGUGGUGGGCGUCCCGAAGAUUACAGAAACCAAGUUGAAUUUAUGAGCAGACUUCACUCUAGGAUGAAGGACGUCAAAAAGGGAGUGUCCAUGGUCAUUCCUACAACUUACAGAAAUCUGAAGGGGUUUGAUCUCAAAGCACUCGAACCCCACGUGGACUGGUUUAAUCUCAUGAGCUACGAUCUGCAUGGCUCCUGGGACAUCAUUGACAAGUCUACGGGACCUUGGGUCAAUAGCCAUACCAACAUGACCGAGAUUCAGACGGCCUUGGAUCAUCUCUGGCGAAAUGAUAUUAGCCCCACCAAGGCCACCAUGGGAAUGUCAUUUUAUGGGCGAAGCUUCACUUUAACGGACCCGAGUUGCCAUCAUCCCGGAUGUCGUGUCAGUUCGGGCGGUAACCCAGGCGAGUGUUCGAACACCGUGGGUGUUUUGCAUCACGAAGAGAUUGAAAGAAUUAUGCAACAAAACAAUCUUGAGCCCACUUUACAUCCUGAGCAUGCCGUCAAAUCUGUCUCGUGGGGUAAUCAGUGGGUGUCGUUCGACGAUGCAGAUACGUGGCGCUUAAAGGGGGAGAUUGCUCGGAGCCAGUGCAUUAGCAGCUUCGCAGUGAGGGCCCUAAAUCAUGAAAAUGACAAGGAAACCAACAUCGAGGCAUUGAGCCUUGCUUUAAAUCAUAAACAGAUGGAAGCCCCGGAUUUCAGCACUACCGGACAGCAGGGCAACGUGUGGCGCAAGCCGGUCCCUCAGCAAUGUCGAUGGUCCAGCUGCUUCGAAGGAUGUCCCGUGGGUUUCAAAGAAAUACGGGAUGAAGGGCAAAAAGGCAUUAUGAUGGACCAAGACAUCUGCAGGGACCAAUACGGUAGUUUAGGAUUCGCGAAAUUCUGCUGUCCGGCUAGCCAGUCCUUGCCAACCUGCACUUGGCGAGGGCAUAGUAGCACCGGAAACUGUCAACCCGGUUGUGGCGCUGAUGAGGUUGAGGUUGGCUCUCGCAGGGCUGGGUGCAAGAAGAACCAGCAGAGCGCUUGUUGCAGUGCAAGUGACGUAACUAAGGCGUACGGCGAGUGCUCUUGGACUGACUGUCUACUUGAACCUAAGCAGGCAUGCAAUGGGAGAUUCGUCGUUUCAUCGGCCCUAGGUUGGGGUGGUCAUCAGUUUUGUCAGAAAGGCUAUUCCAGGGGACUUUGCUGCAAUGACCCUCCUCCUGCAGCGUUCGAUACCGACUGCAAAUGGGUUCCCAAAGCUGGUCAUCUGAAGCGUGACGGGGAUGGCCAUAUUUGUGAAGGUUCGUGCCCUGAGGAUUCGAUCAAGCUAUCACUAGCGUUUGGUUUCCACGAUGUGCCUGGCCGAAAUACCACUUGCUACGGUUACAGUGCUUAUUGUUGCACGGAAACUGGGCCCAGAUUCAGCAACAUGGAUGAGUUAUUCGCGACGAAUAGCUUAAAGAACUUCAAGGCAGAGAUAAACAGAUAUAUGCGUGCAGUGAAUGCCACCAAGCGCGGCGAAUGCGGUGGAUAG